UUUUGUCAGAACGUGAAAGCCGCGUGUCACACAAAAAAUAAUUUUUCCUUUAUUUUGCUUAACAGAAACUGACGAUUUUUAUAAAAAACACAAAGACUGAAUACUGGUGGCGAGCCGUUUCUUCUUUGAAGAGCCGCGUGCAUGGCGAAGCCCUGGACAUUUUAAAGUUAACAUGUUAUUCGUCUAAUAUUCCGCCAUUUUGGAAUUAUCUUAACCUUUGAUAAAGAAAGUUGUUAGAUAAGCUUUUUUCACCCCAAUUUCGAACCAAAAUUAACGUUAGUUGUAGUUCGUGAUUAAUUAUUCGUUUUAAAAUGUUAUUCGUACCACGGAGGAUUUAAGUGAGUGUUUGUGGUGCGCCAAUUAUCGUGAACAUAUGCAUAUACGAAAAUCCAGUCUGUGGCGCCCGACUUGAGGGACCCAGAGCCCCAAGGUAACAUGAGCAGUAACCAGAAACAGCCGGCCGCAGGAGGGCCACAAACUCAAAGAUACAAUAACUCACCUUAUCAAACAAUAUUGGCACAACCAAACAGUUUUACAGGCUCUGAGGCAUACCACAAUCAAGGACCGUAUGUACAGUCGGCUCAGGGUCCAAACCAGGGCCCCGGCGGUCUGAGGAAUCUGCAGCCCGUCAUACCACCUAAUCAACCAUCCACACCUCCAAAUUCAGACCUCAAAGUUCAAAACCUGCCAGGACAACUACAGCAAAUGCAAUAUAUACCAGCGCAGGGAGUAAGAUCGGCCCCAGCCCCAUUUUAUCCUAGGUCCGCCGGUCCUACCACGCAACCACCGAGAAUGGCCAAUCAACAACAUAGGGUUCAAGGACCACCACAGAUGUAUCCGCCUUAUGUUCAACUCUACAUUCAGCCGCAUCAGGCGUCAGCAGUUCAAUACAAUCCAAGAACAAACAUGAUGCCAGCGCAGACUUAUCCCCAAGUUUAUCCGCCGCAGCUCACGUAUUCUACAUUUUCUUUGCCUGCAACGAAUCCUCUUUCAUACGGUGCAGUUCCAGCACCAGGCUAUCCGAUGUUCGCAUCCCAGGCGCCAAACAUCACUCUAUCGCGCACCCAGGUGACCCCAGCGACCGCCACCACCGCAGGACCGGCCGUAGCCGGUACCGCCGGCCACAUCCCCAGCGCGCCCCUUAUGGGUCCACCGGCGGAUCGUGCCGGUCCCAGCAACUAUCAGCGCAAUGCUCAGAAGCAGCGCAGACAGUUCGCGCUUUCGAUUAUCGAUCCGGCUACCGGUGCCGAUAAGUUGGACGAGAUUUUUCAGAGCGGAAGCGCUUCGCAUCCUCCGUCUGAGGAAUCCUCUGCAAGGCAGACGCCUCAGCCCUCGCAGCCCGAUAAAGAGUUACAGGUGCAAGCUGAAUUCGCAAAACGAGUUUUCGAAAUCAAUGAAGAGCGUGAAAAGAAGAUUCAAGCGGAGUUCGCAAAAAAGGUCGCUCAACUAGCGGACGAGGAUAAUACUCAAGAGCCUUUAGAUCAACCACCUUCUUUACACGAUCCCUCGAAGCCCUACCAUCACCUCCCCCCGCCGACAAUUACUAAAUACGAUGUGCAACACAGUACAUUACAACACGAUGCGAAAGAGUUCGUCUCGAAUACGGCCCUGAAAGCUGUUUCGUAUCAGCAACCGCCGAAAGAGACGCCGGCGUCGAGCGUUACGAUGACGCCGAUCGUCUCCGCGAACAUUGACGCCGCGGAGGUGACGCUGGUGAAGGAGCGCGAGAGUCCCGCGAAGGCUAAGAAACCGAGUCAGCCCAAACAAUUACCGGUCGAAACCUCCAAGGAAUUUAAGCCCAAAGAAACCGAAUGUGAUAGACGAUCUUCCAUAGUUAAGGAAGAACCAGUUCCAGUGCCUCAAGUAAACGUAGUUAGUACGCCCCCCGUAGUACCUGCCGAGCCCGCUUCCGCCGUAGUUAAGGAACCCGUAAAAGACGUGGCCGCAGAAAAAAAAGGUGCCAAGAAGGUGGUACAACCGGAAAAUGUGCCCCAAGAACCCGAGGUUACCCCACAAGUGACGCCUGCACCUGACGUAUCGAAAGAUGGAAAAGUAAAGAAUGCAAGAAAACACCAGCCUAACCAGUCACAAGUGCAACAGCAGCAGCAGUCGCAACCCCAACCGCCUCAUAACCAAAAUGGCAAAUCACAACCACUGCCUGUGCCUGUGCCACAGCCUCCCAAAGCAAACAACAAAUCUAAUAAAACCAAGGAAAUCAACCUUAAAGGAGCCAAUAAAGAAGGUAGCGACAUGGAUGCCUUCAACGACAACACCCCCAAAACCGAAAUUAACGCAAACGUGUUACCUCCCACUACUGAGAACAGGGUGUCAACUAAUGAUGUUGUAAAUGCAAACAGUUCACCUCCUACUGAACAGGACGUCGCUCCUUCUACAGUUGUUCCUCUAGUUAACGUUGAGACUGAUAGUAAAAUUAUUAUAAGUGAAACAAAUAAUAAAGACUCAAAUGAAAACGUUACCGCGUCGACAAUCAAGUCGGAACCAGUAGUAGAAGUAAACAAUACGCCGGCACCGGUGCCAGCGGUACCGACCGUAACGCAACCGGCCGCUCCCAUCAAACCGUUGAUGAACAAAACUUUCGACGUCAGGAGUAUCAUCAAAGACAGUCCGAAAGUUAUGGUGCCUCCGUUCCCGCUAAACAAUGAAUGCCGGGACGAAACCGACAGGGUCACUUUGUCGAACGAUAAGCUGGUUAUGGCUAAAAACGACGUUAAUAACAAAGUCUCUAUGAAGAACGCAAUUAACGAUUCACCUCCUAGUUUGCCUUAUAAGCCAGGACAAUGGGCUCCGGAUCGACCAGAUGGCAAGAAAAUCUAUGAUAGAGAUUUCUUAUUACUUUUGAGGUCUUUCCCAGCAAGUCAACAGAAACCCGAACAUAUUGCUGACUGCUAUUUACAAGCAGAUAGAAAUAAUCAGUUUGAUGGUCGUCUCUCUGUUGGAGGCCGUACCGAUUUCAAUCCUAUUUAUCAAAAUUAUGGAGGUAAAUCUGGAUCUAGAGGGGCUCCACCGAAACGCAAUAGCCAACAAGGCAAAGUGGGAAGUCGAAGCGGUGAUAAGUCUUCAGCCAAACCGGCACCCAAAGUCUCGAUAUCCCUCAGGGGAGACGUGAAACUGCACGAAGCUGAAAACGCUUGGAAACCAACAAGAUUCCAAAAAGGUGACGGCAGCGCAGAAGAAGACAAAAAGACCGAAGAAUUAUAUAAAAAGGUGCGUUCUGUUCUGAACAAACUCACCCCUCAAAAAUUCGAUACCCUCGUAAACCAAGUCAGGCAGCUGAGAAUCGACACCAAGGAAAAACUUGUAGGAGUCAUUAAUUUGGUGUUUGAAAAAGCCACGGACGAACCCAACUUCUCUGUUGCGUACGCCAUGAUGUGCAAGGAAAUACAAAACAUGCAGGUGCCAGCUGGAGACGAGAAAAAAAGUGUCGCGUUUAGAACUUUGUUGGUAGGCAGGUGCCAACAAGAUUUUGAGAAAAACUCGGUUGAUGAAAGCGGCCGAAGUGCCAAAAUAAAAGAGAUUGAGGAGUGCACAGAUCCUGAAAAGAAAAAAGAGCUUCAGGAGGACCUUGAAGAAUAUGAUAGAAGACUUAGGAUGAAAUCUGUAGGAACUAUUAGGUUUAUAGGUGAAUUAUUUAAGCAACAAAUGCUAACGGCGAACAUUAUGCGAAGAUGUUUACAAACGCUACUGGACAAUAAAGAUGAGGAAAGCUUAGAGGGGUUGUGCAAAUUGCUUACCACCGUUGGCAAAGCGCUCGAAUCGAAAAAUAUGGAUUUGAGUAGUAUAUUUGACGAAAUGAAGCUAAUUACUCAGGGCAAAAGGCAAAAAGUUAGCAGCAGACUAAGAUUCAUGUUGCAGGACGUCAUUGACCUUAGGGAUUCGAGAUGGAUGCCUAGACGCGGCGACUCUAAUCCCAAAACGAUAGACCAGAUCCAAAAGGAGGCUGAGACCGAACAGGUGAUGGUUCAGGUAAUGAACCAGUCGAUGAACAUGCCGCCGCCCAUGAAGAGAGACGACAGGAGCGGCGGAGGAGGAGGAGGCGGCGGUCCAAGGGGCGGUUCGCGGUCGAAAGUUAACGAUGAGGGAUGGAGUUCAGUGGGAAGAGCAAAUAGGACCCCGUUCUCGAUACAAACUGAUAAAAUUAGAACAAAAACGCCUCAGGCCGACGAACCGUUGGGUUCCAGCUCCAUAUUUUGUAACUGGGGCAAGGGCGCCGCCGGUACUAGGAAUACUCAACCUAAUGCCAAUAUUUAUGCCGCUCUAGAAUCAGUUGAUAUGGACAGAAGGCCUACCUCAAUGACCUCGCGAGGCAGCAAGGACGCUUACAGUUCAAAGGGUCCGAGUAUGGAACGCAACUCGUACAAAAGUGGCGGCUACGACGGUCGCAAUUCCCGUUCCGGAUCGCAACAUCGCGACACACCGAUGCGCGGACCGCCGCUUUCGAUGAUGGGACCGCCACAAUCUAGAGCACCGUCCUCCUACCAGAUGGCGCCGCCACAGCAACAACAGCAGCAGCAGCAUCAACCCAGCCAAGUCGCGAACACGCCUGCGCAACAACCACAAACCCCGGCGAUGCCUAAACUUACCGUGGAGCAGCUCGAGAGGCGGAUACGAGUCGCCUUGGACGAGAGGCUGACCGGUAGCAUUAAAUCGUGCGACGAGUACUUCCAAGACAUCGCGGCCGUUGUGCCGCCUAGUGAUUAUUCAAAAGUUGUAUAUGAAAGUUUUAACUAUUCCCUAGAAAAGACAACACCCGCCAGACUGGAGACGGGCAAAUUGUUUGCUGAACUUGUAGAAGCCGGCAGUAUAUCGGUCGAAGAUAUCUGUAAAGGUCUCGAGGAAUUAUUAUCGUUUUCUGAAGAUUUAGUAAUAGAUAUUCCGCAAGUUUGGCGGUUCUUUGCUGAAGAUUUAUAUUAUUUAAUAGCGAAAGAGGUGAUGUCGUUUUCAAGACUGCACAAACUAUUGGAUACCCUUAUCCAAACAAACACGGCGAAAAAAGUGUUGCAACAUCUGUUCGCUCUGAUCGUCGAGAAGAAAGGAGGAGCUUUUCUUCACGGCAUAUGGAAGAAAUCUGGAUUGCAACUGUCCGAUUUCAUGCCCGCCUCUGAGGUGGAAUCGUUUAUUCAAGAAUGCAAAGUCGAGUUCCUUCUUUCCGCCGAUCCUCCCGUGGACGAGACUUCUCCUGUUUCUUAUGAAGUUAUUCAGAAGAAACUUUCUGAAUUUUUAGAAAAUCAAGAACCUUUUGACAAUAUCGUCAACUGGAUAACGACCAACGUUGGGGACCGAGUGAAAGAAAACAAGUUCAUCCGGACGCUCGCGACAGCCAUCUUUGAAAAUUCCAUAGCGAAGAGCAAACUUAAAGCCGACGUGCUGAGCAGUCACACGAAACUCAUUCAGAAAUACGUGGACACGAAUUUGGAGUACGAGUUGCAAUGCUUGUACGCCCUGCAGUCGCUAAUUCAUAAGUUGGAGCAUCCUCAAGGGUUGCUGCUAGCUAUCUGUGAUAAACUUUACGAAGACUCCACCUUCUCCCAAGACAGCUUUAUUGCAUGGGAGAGCAGUGCCGACCCGGCAGAACAAGAAGGAAAAGGUGUAGCAUUGAAACAAUUAACUUCUUUCUUUACCCAACUCAAAGAAAACGAAGAAGAGGAGGAGUAUUCGUCGAAUUCAGAUGAUGCCUAGCGAUUAAUCCGGGUCUUAGUGAAAUAGCAGAGAAUAGACAAAAAAAAUUUUAGUGAUAAAAGUGAACUGAAAUUUAAAUUAAUACAAGGACACUGUAACAAAGUUGGGGGACAACCCAAAAAUAAAGUGAAGUGAUUUCUAAUCUGAGUAAUCAGAGUGUAAAUAAGUACUUUUUUUAAAAUUUAAAAACCGCUAUAUGUAUUUAAUUUUUUUAACUCUCAUAUUUUAGCUGGGCUCAGUGAUUUUACAAGGUGCGGCCGAGAACUUUAUACAGAAUAUUUUAAUAUUUAUUAAACAUUAUAUUUUAUAUUAAUAUAUCUUUUUGUCGCCAAUAGAAACGUUUUAAAGUAAUCGUGCUUUUCUAAUCAUGAGUCUACUGAGCGCCUGUGCGUCAGGGUUAAAAAUAUUGUACAUUUUUAUUUUUGUGUUAAUAAUUUGUUAUAUUAUUGUUAAGUUGUAUAUUUAAAUAUAAUGAAUUGAAUUAUCUGUAUAAUAUACAAGAUGCACAGAAAGACUAUUAGGUUUCAAUUUUGUAAAGAAAAUUGAUUUUGAGGGACAAACCCAAUUGUUGUAACUAGUCAAAAAGACAUCUCUUGCUUUAAAAUAUUGUGUAUAUUUUGGAGUAAAAUAUGCAAACUUUUUUGGCCAAUUUACUAAAUGUACAUAAACAAGAACAUUAUGGUGUAUUAAUGAAAGUGCACUUUAAAGUUAAGUGCAUCAAACAGUACAUCAUGUCUUAAAAAAGGAAUCGGAUUAAAUAACCUAAACGCGGACUGGGAUGAAAUAGAUCGUAGAAUUCUAAGGACCUCAAUUUGUAAAACGGAAACGUCAAAUUGUUUUUCUUUUCUAAAAAAAAAACAUAUUAUUUAACUUGUGUUUAUAAAACUGAAGAUAUAAAAAACAUGCCAACGAAA